CAGAUGGUAAUUUUCUUCAUUAUCGGCGCGGUCACACUGCGAAUAUCAAGAUGGCGUAAAUUUGUAAAAAAUCGUCGAAAUCUAUGUGAAAUAGCCAGAAAAAUUGAAACGAAAGCGCAGCGUUGAUGCAAAACUCGAAUUAGAAGAAGGAAAAGCAGCGUCGCCAGCAGAGGAAGUGGGCAAAGCGGAAUAGGAAACAAGGAAUAUAAGAAAAACAAGCCACGAACCCUUCGAAUACAAAGCCAUAAGCGACUGCCUUGAACAAAUCGGAACAAGAAGAAGAAAGGAGCUCAGACGAAAGGACAGUGCCAGAAAGGCAACGCAAAUCCGAGGAACCCGAGGAGUCCGAACUCUACCACACAGAAACCCACAGAAACAGACGUAACAAAAUGGAGCUGCGCGUGGGUAACAAAUAUCGCCUGGGCCGCAAGAUAGGAUCGGGAUCGUUCGGCGACAUCUACCUGGGCACCACGAUCAACACUGGCGAGGAGGUGGCCAUCAAGCUGGAGUGCAUCCGCACCAAACACCCCCAGCUGCACAUCGAGUCAAAGUUCUACAAGACGAUGCAGGGUGGCAUAGGCAUACCCCGCAUAAUCUGGUGCGGCAGCGAGGGCGACUACAAUGUGAUGGUGAUGGAGCUACUCGGACCCUCGCUGGAGGACCUCUUCAACUUUUGUUCACGCCGCUUUUCGUUGAAGACGGUUCUGCUGCUGGCGGACCAGAUGAUCUCCCGCAUCGAUUACAUACACUCGCGGGACUUCAUCCAUCGCGACAUCAAGCCGGAUAACUUCCUCAUGGGUCUUGGCAAAAAGGGCAACCUGGUGUACAUCAUUGACUUUGGCCUGGCCAAGAAAUUCCGCGAUGCCCGGUCGCUGAAGCACAUUCCCUAUCGGGAAAACAAGAACCUCACGGGCACUGCCCGCUAUGCCUCCAUCAACACACAUUUGGGCAUUGAGCAAUCGCGUCGUGACGACCUGGAGUCCCUGGGCUACGUCCUAAUGUACUUCAAUCUGGGCGCCUUGCCCUGGCAGGGCUUAAAGGCAGCCAACAAGAGGCAAAAGUACGAGAGGAUCUCGGAGAAGAAGCUGUCCACCUCGAUUGUGGUGCUGUGCAAGGGCUUCCCCAGCGAGUUCGUCAACUAUCUGAACUUCUGUCGCCAGAUGCAUUUCGACCAGCGUCCCGAUUACUGCCACCUGCGCAAACUCUUCCGCAACUUGUUCCACCGUUUGGGCUUCACUUACGACUAUGUGUUUGACUGGAACCUGCUUAAGUUUGGCGGACCUCGCAAUCCCCAGGCGAUUCAGCAGGCGCAGGACGGAGCGGACGGCCAGGCGGGUCAUGAUGCGGUGGCCGCAGCAGCGGCGGUGGCAGCAGCGGCAGCCGCCUCCUCGCAUCAACAACAGCAGCACAAGGUCAAUGCGGCGCUGGGUGGCGGAGGAGGCAGUGCAGCGCAACAGCAACUCCAGGGCGGCCAAACGCUGGCGAUGCUGGGCGGCAAUGGAGGCGGUAACGGCAGCCAACUGAUCGGCGGCAACGGACUCAACAUGGACGACUCGAUGGCGGCCACCAACUCGUCGAGACCGCCGUACGACACGCCGGAGCGUCGGCCUUCGAUACGGAUGCGGCAGGGAGGCGGUGGUGGCGGCGGUGGAGUGGGCGUAGGCGGUAUGCCGAGCGGCGGAGGGGGCGGUGGCGUGGGGAACGCCAAAUAAUAUUUUAUCGUUUAGGUUGCGACGCUGGACACGACACAGUAGACAAACAACAACAGAACUCAACAAACUAUACAUGUAGUAUAUAUAGUUAUAUAUACCUAAUAUAUAUAAUACUUGCUUUAUAUAUGCGGUAAAACACGUUGAAUGUAUCCAAGCGGCAGGAUGACCAGGUCCCUGCCAGAAACGGAGGACAAGAGCAGUGAGAGAAGAAGAGCAGAGCAUAGCAAAGCGCAGCGCUUUUCUUUUUUUGUGUGUACAUUUUCGUUUGUUUUUUGACAUUUUGGUUUCUGCUCCCAGAUGUUAGAACGUUGAGCGCGCUUAUUAUUAAUUAACUAGCCUAUGAUUAAUUUAAUUUAUACUAUUAGAACAUAAACGAUUGCAACCUGGCUGCAAGAAACUGCAACAAACCGCACUGUUCAAUUGAUUUGAGAUCCCUGCCUGAAGAUUGGCCAAUAGAUCGGCGGUUGAUUAGGGGUCCGCGGAAGGGUUUGGGAGGAGGGUUAGCAGGACACGCAGGCAUUUAAUUCUGUUUUGCAUUUGACUAUUUGCUCUUGGCCGGCUCAACUUUUUCUUUGUUAACUUGAAGUCCCAGACCAAAUCAGGCAGAACAUGCAGAACCGAUCAUGAACACAUAAUAACUCGAUUGUAAGUGUAAUAUUUGUGUAAAAGAAACAAAGGACACCGCGUUCAGCGAGUGUCCCUAACCCUAGACUAUAGGCUCUAGCUCUAGCGAAUCCAAUCCAUACAAAAGCAUAUGCCACACAGCAAGGCACCCACAUUGUAACCUAAGUUGAUGGUAAAAUGAUUGCGAUUACCACGUGCAGUUCUCUAGCUUUAAGCAACGCUCUGACUUAUAAGGCCCUCCUAUGUUAUAUUAUGUAACCUUCUGUACCGCCUACUCCCCUAUCUAUAUAUAUAUAUUUAUAUAUAUAUAUAUAUAUAUAUAUAUAUAUAUAUAUAUAUAUAUAUAUAUAUAUAUAUAUAUAUACUUUCGUGGUCUGCACUUUGCUGCCUGUGUUCAUAUAUAUCUUUCCGAUUUUUAAACACUUAAGCGCGCAUUUCCCGAGCGGUGGGCAAAUGGGAUGCGAGAUGUGGGAGCUGGGAGUUGGGGCAGCCCUUUGUUUACGCAACAAAAUCAUGUAACUAAGAUAGAGAGCAUAUAAAUUGCGUUAGACAUACACAACAAAACAAUUGCAUUAACGUUUCGAUUUAACAAUGUAAGUAAUGGCCCUGCGGAGGAAAGUUACACAACGCUAGCUAAUAAACUAUAGCUAUAAUAUGAAAUUUGUUUAUAAGUAAUACCAAACCGUAAAAUAAAAAAGGAAAAUGCAAAAAAAAAACUUAAAUUCUAAAUGCGCCAAGAGAUAAUGAAUGGGUAAAAAUAUGAAUAUACAUUAAUAUAAACUAUAUCUUAUGAGAACACGUAAACAUGUAAACCCCACAGCGAUCGGCUGGCUAAGAACUAACAAAUCAAAGAAAUGCAAAACACAAAUCGGAUCACUGAACGCAGAAGCCACUAAAACUUAAAUAAAAGUACAUUACGUGAUAUUUCUUACAAAUUGUUUUGUUUUCUAAUCGGUUUGUUUCAGUCAUUUUACUUUUAUUUUUCGAACACAACUCCAUUCGAAGCGCACGCCUUGCAAACGACCAACCUUGUAAACACGACCAUAUAGCGCAUUCAGAUUAGGGGAUCCGCGACCGUGGAGAAGCCCCAAUCCUCCUCCCCAAACCGAGAAUUGAGAACCUAGUGAUGAGUGUACAUAAGAAUAAUAUCCGAACCCCAAAAGUAUAAAAUUAAAAUAUAUACAUAUGUGUGAUUUUCCUCCUAGCAUACAGAGUACUAAACCUAAACCAUUAGCAUUUUAUUGAUAGAAAAGAAACGAAAUCGAAGCCCGACAAACUGAUUCAUAGCGAUUAUGAGCCACUAGAAAUGGAGAACUAAAUGAUCUUGUAUGAGCGAGCAGUCCAUUCAGCAUAAGCGAAAUAGAGAAACUAACAAAUUGAGAACAUAGUAAUUUCGAAGGUUUUGUAUAAUUAACUGUAUAUGUAUAUUGAGAAUAGAAUUUUGAACUAAUAACUAAUUAUACUAAUUGGAUCGAGUUCGAGUGUAUCAUGGGCGAUAUGAGAGAAAAUCAUUAAAAAUAAACCACCAGUGAUAUGGAAUACAAAAUAACCACAAACGAAAUCGAAAUCGAAAUCGAAGCGGUUCAUGAAACAUUUCAAAAGUACGUUGGAUCGGAAUUCGACGGAUGUAUCGAUAAGUGCACGAUAAGGCCACAUUUAUGUAAUUAGCAAGUAUUUCGAAUUAAACCGAACAUGGAAUAUGUAUGUGUGAACAGAAUAAAAGCAGCUACUAAAUAAGCCACACCACCAUUCACAAUAACAAUUACGAACGAGGCAUUAAAAAGCUUAAACAAUAAUAACACGACUCAUCAGAUUUGCUU